AUUUUCUGAUGUGGCUGUAAGAAAGCAAGGAAGCCCCAUCCGAUUGCUUUUUUUACAUUUCAUGAUUAUUUCCUUUGGGCGGGUACAUGCCAGGCAUAUACGUCAAGCGAUGUUGAGAUUUCUUAUUAAAGCACAGGUCCAACUACCCCAAAACUAUUCAUUUGCACUGCCCUAAAACCACAUGCAUACAUUCUCCCAUCCAAGAAGCUGCUAAUCCUAGGGACCAUUUAGCCUAGAAAGUCAGGUGUCCCAGCCCAUAUGGCCCACCACUCAGUUUAUAUGCCAAACGUCAUGCUAAUAAACGAUCCGUCAUUCUCAGAUCCUGUUUGUGGAGGGAAAAACCAAGUCCUAUUAGAGCACAACUAAAGAGACCUGUUGUCUGCCUCCCUAGGCACAUGUGACACCAUGCAUGGUUUAAUUUCACUCAGCUCUUUAAUUGAGCCCUGGUGCUAACAGCUUAAUGGUUCACUAGGGCAUUGUAUUCUGCAGAUUUUAAAUUAAAGUUUGACCCCCCCCCCUCCUUAGGACAUACACAGUACUCCAAUUAACACUAAUUGGUUUUACACAUGAUUAUCAAGUGAAAAACAUGGUUUUCCUGAAAAUGCCACUUCUUUUCUCCUGCUUAAAAAAACCCACAAAUUCUAAGAAAAUGACCAUGGAUGCAUGCCAAGACUAGAUAUAAGGAUGCCUAGCAUAGUGUUUAUAUUGGCAGAAAACUGGAAGGAAAUAUCUACAAUGGAGAAUUGUGUACACAAAGAAUAGUACAGAAAAUGCAACAUUUUUUAAUGUUAAGAAUAAUUUUUGACAUGGGAGGAUGUUCAUGAUGUAUUGUAAAGGGAAAAAAAAGUUGGAGACAUACAGGAGGGGCAUAAUAUCAUUUUCCUCCACAGCAUAGACAGAAAGACCGGAAGGAUGUCUGUAUCAAAAUGUAAAGAAUAAUUAUCUCUAGUGGUGGGAAUAUUGUUGAUGUUUACCUUAUUCGUUUGCAUUUCUAAUUUUCUAAAAAUAAUGCAUUAUUUCUGCAAGAAGAAACCAUCAUUUUUCAAAGUCCAUCAUCGAGCCAACAGGAAAAAAUGCAACAAGUGGCUUUAUUUUGAAUUUUUUUUAACCCUUCAUCUCCACCAACCCUUGUGUGGGACACUGAGAACCCUCUAUCAGUAAUGUGUUAAUAGUUUCCAAUGGAAUUACGAGAGGUAACUGAGGUUUUAUACAUGCGUGGAGAGGCGAGCGCUGAAGUACGCGGUUGCCAAUGCCCGCCCUCAUGUUCAUUUGUGCCAAAACUACCACCUGAGAGGGUGGAUUUAUGUCCCUGUGUUUCUUUUCCAGAGCCAAAGAUGUUUAUCUUGCUCUAUGUUACAAGUUUUGCCAUUUGUGCCAGUGGACAGCCUCGGGGUAAUCAGUUCAAAGGAGAGAGCUACUCCCCAAGAUAUAUCUGUAGCAUCCCUGGCUUACCUGGACCUCCGGGACCCCCUGGAGCGAAUGGUUCCCCGGGGCCCCAUGGUCGGAUCGGCCUUCCAGGACGAGAUGGUAGAGACGGCAGGAAAGGAGAGAAAGGUGAAAAGGGGGCUGCAGGUUUGAGAGGUAAGACUGGACCACUGGGCCUUGCUGGAGAGAAGGGGGACCAAGGAGAGACUGGGAAGAAAGGACCCAUUGGACCAGAGGGAGAAAAAGGAGAAGUAGGUCCAGCUGGGCCUCCUGGAGCAAAGGGGGACAGAGGAGAGCAAGGGGAUCCAGGGUUGCCUGGAGUUUGCAGAUGUGGAAGCAUCGUGCUCAAAUCCGCCUUUUCUGUUGGCAUCACAACCAGCUACCCAGAAGAAAGGCUACCGAUUAUAUUUAACAAGGUCCUCUUCAAUGAGGGAGAGCACUACAAUCCUGCAACAGGCAAGUUCAUCUGUGCCUUCCCAGGGAUCUAUUACUUUUCUUAUGAUAUCACAUUGGCGAAUAAGCAUCUGGCAAUCGGGCUGGUGCACAACGGGCAGUACCGGAUAAAGACCUUUGACGCCAACACUGGGAACCAUGAUGUGGCUUCGGGGUCCACGGUCAUCUAUCUGCAGCCAGAAGAUGAAGUCUGGCUGGAGAUCUUCUUCACCGACCAGAACGGCCUCUUCUCAGACCCGGGUUGGGCAGACAGCUUGUUCUCCGGAUUUCUCCUGUACGUUGACACAGAUUAUCUAGAUUCCAUAUCAGAAGACGACGAGCUGUGAUCAGGACUGCCAUCCAGAAUGUUCCAAGAUUUUUGUGGCAGACACUUUGACUUAAUCUGGGGCCUUGGAAGGUGGAGGAAGCAGCAAUGAGAUCCAAAGAGACUCCCACUCAGAUUCCAAAGCAUUUACAGAAAAUUCUAGCAGAAUCUAUUAAAACAAGAUGAACCACCAAAUGGUUGAAACCACACCAAGAUGAAUUAUAUGAAACAAUAACCCCAGAUAAGAAUCCUCCUGAAAGCAAUGUUCAUAAAUAUUUAAGCAAAUUAAAGACAAUGUUAACAAAUUUUCUGUUAAACUCCCUGAGUGAUAAAAUCAGCUGGCAAUGAUAUUGUCUCAUUAAAUCUUCAUAAAAUUACACUUUUGCUUGUUAUUUAAGAGAAUCAUCACACCCCAGAGUCUUUAACAGUUCUCAAAAGUCAAAAACUAAAGGUAAGAGAUACUAAGUGAUUGAUUGCAAGUAAGCAAAAGUGAUAACUUUCCUUUUUUUGUUGUUAUGCGUUCCUUCGUGCUCGUAUCUGUAUUCACUCAACAGCUCUUAAAUACGCCUGUGUGAGCCAGACACUGAGGUGCUAGGUCAGAUCUGAUCAUGAGUUUGGACAAAAGCUGUGCCUUCAUACGGCUGGUGUGUGAGGAACAUGCUGUCACAAUUCAGGGAGAUGAGCACCUGACCAACAGACUGACUCCAAGCUGGACAUACAUGGGAGCCGCUCUUCCUGGGAACGGGGGCCAGAGAAGGUUUCACACGUGGAAAAACACUAACCAUGCUAAGUUGUGUGUGUUUAAGGAAGUGGGAGGGAUACAAAGGAAACAAGGAAUUCUGCAGCUGCAUUUACCCCAUCCCAUCCUCGAAACACCACUGGUAUUCGCAAUCAGAAAAGGGUGGAAAGCCCAGAGAUAAAGGGGACCUGGGAAGGGUAAUGGAAAUGAAGAGAAACAAGUUACUGAGAUCAGCCAAGAGGUCAUUCUCCUAAAUUUGUUUAGCUUGAUGGUUUCCAAGACAAUUAUUAUUCCUCUUAGCUUGCACACGAAUGAGGACAUUACCUUACAUUGGUGGGAAGCAUUAUUUCUCAUGGAUUUCCGAGGUAUUGAAUCCAAAUAAAAGUGAAGCGUAUGUGCACUGAUUUAUAGUGAAAUGGUGGCAGUGAACAGGAGGAGGAGGGAAAGAGACCAGACGUCUGAGAAGAUAACUGUCGCUUCCAAGCCUCAUGGUCCCUGCAGUCCCGCUGUCCCUGGGGGACAUGAUUCCACAUGAUUUUUCAUGAUUUCUACUGACAGUGAUAGGAUUCCCUUACUCUCUUUUUGGUGGCUUCUUUUUUUAAUGUUUAUUUAUUUAUUUUUGAGAGAGAGCAAGGGGGGAGGGGCAGAGAGAGAGGGAGAGAGAGAAUCCCAAGCAGACUCUGUUGCUAUCAGCACAGAGUCUGACAUGGGAUUCAAACCCACAAACCAUGAGAUCUUGACCUGAGCCAAAAUCAAGAGCCAACGCUUAACUGACUGAGUCACCCAGGCUUUUUGGUGGCUUCUAAUUUUUCUUCCAUGCUUUCUCUCUUUGCUCACUCACUUAGUAAACGUUUGUAAUGCCUCCUAUGUGUGAGUCACCGAACUGGGUUCUGUGAAGGUAGAGGAAAACCAAGGUAAAUAUGUCACAGCCCCCUGCCACUACAUGUCUAAGGAUACAAGAAAGGAAAUGACAUGUGUACACAUACACAAAAUACCAAGAAUUCUAGAAACGAACGGGCUAAAAUAUGCUAAGUUCUAAACUGGACAUAGAGACCAAUGGUCUGGAAGAAAAACUGAGGGGGGCAGGUGUAAAAUUGAGCGGUGAGAGAGGAGGCUUGGGGAAAAUCUCCUCCACCCUCUGGUCCUUCAGUGGUAGGUGGGACUUGGAAUAGCCAAAGUGGGGACAGCGGUGACAAUGGGGACAAAGCAUGAAAGUGAGAACAGAGACCCAGAAGAGCCUCAAAUGCCAAUGUGAUGAUUGGGGACUUCAUUUAUGAGGAACCCUGGAGCUCCUGUGUGCCCCAGAGCCGGGCGCUGCCCUUAUCAGCAAGGACAUUUGCCACGAUCAAGCAGCUGUAAACAAGGAAAUGCUCGUUUCUGUCAUCUCCAGACCUAUCUCCCAUCAUCCUCUUCCGCCUGCCUUGCUCUGCCCACUUGUUGGUCUCCAUCUGAGUCAGGACACAGGUCUGGAAGGCUAAGGGCAAUGAAAGUAUACAAAGAAGAGAAAGCAAAGGUCGUUUGAGAUAGUCACCUGCCUCUAGAUAACAGCUUAACCUGGAAGGCCAGGCUACAGAGGGUAAACACAGCCAAGAGCAGAAGCUGAUCUGGGGAUCAUGAAACUAUGGGCCCUUUGAAGACAGUGGGAUGUGCUAGAAAAACUGGCGAUGGACGAGUUAUUGCAGACAGUCGUGAGCUACAAGGUUGUUGUGUAAUUGAGAACUUUUUCUGAUCGUGAUCCAUUAAUGCAUUCAUUUUUUUUCUGGACGUUGUUUACUUAUCUUUUAAAUGUUUCUUUCAUUACAAAGCCUAUUUUGAGUAGCUUUCUUAAACGCAUGUUUCUUCAGCUGGUUCUAGGCCCAGAGAUGAACUUUAUUUUGAAAUAUCUGGUGGGAUGGUGAUGGGGAUCAGAGAGCUUAAGUAGGAAGCAAAAGGGUAUUUUGGUUUUAAAAGGAAAAACUCCUUAAGCAAACAUGGCUGUCUUUUAUUCCGUUCAAAAAAAUCCAACCAAAUAAUAAAA